CUUUCUUCAAAAAACCAAUGGCUAAGUCUAAAAAUUUACCUUGUCCUGUUAGGUCCAUUAGCUUGCCUUCCAGGUUAAAUCCUAAUGGACUAAAAAUUGAAGCUGAAUUAGACAAGCUGAAAAACCUCGAAACGUCGUCCCAUAGUGCAGAGACAAUUCAGGCUGGAGUUCUUGGGCUUGUACAAUUAUACAAUUGUGUGCAGGAACUAAUUCAGUGUUCAAACACACAAAAAGCUCUUGCCCAACAUCAAAAUGGGGCCAUAGUAGAAGAGGCACUAGAGGGAUCUCUUGAGUUACUUGAGUCAUGUGACACUAUUAGAAACUUAUUUUGUAUGAUUAAGGAACAAAUGCAACAUCUUCAGUCAGCUUUACGACGAAAAGGUGCAGAUUCAAGCAUUGAGAAGGAUAUUAGCAAUUAUCUUAACUUCAGGAAGAACAUGAAGAAGGAGAUAGUAAAGAACUUGAGGAGAUUGAAGCAAAUGGAAAACAGAGUUGGAUCUUCUGUUUUCUGGGACAUUGAACAACACUUAUCGAUGGUAAUUCGAGUGCUAAGAGAAGUAACAGUUGUUACUACAUCUGUGUUUAAGGCCCUGUUGGUAUUUUUGUCAUACCAAGAUACAAAAAUAAAGCCUAGAGGGUGGUUAAUGAUUUCAAAGUUGAUGAUCACCAAAUCAUCAGCUUCUUCUCAAGGUGGCCAAAUUUUCAGUGACAUGGGCAGUGUUGAUAUAGCUCUUGACUCUCUUCGCCAACAUAUUAAGAACAAUGAAACCAAGGUUGAUGGCAACGUUGCACGAAGGAGAUUACAGACGCUUGAUAUGAGCAUCGAGGGAUUUGAGGCUGGAUUACAAAGCUUGUACAAGAAAUUGAUCCAAAGUAGAGUUUCGUUUCUUAAUGUUCUGGCACUUUAAUUAUAACACAAUCUUGUAAAUAUACAAGGAUUUGGCUAUAUAUAGGUCAAACACCAAAAUUUUGUUAUAGUGAAGAAGUAUAG